AUGACUUCUUACAAAUCUCUUUCAUAUUUUCUAAUAUUUCUUUUCUUGCUGUUCUCUGUAACUUCAUCUGCUAAUUCUCAUCGUUCUAAAAACAAAGAUCCAUGUGCCCCAGUUAUAGCAACAAAAAAUCCUAAAUACAAAGAUAUAAAAAAUUGUUUGACUAGUUUUCCGUAUAAUGCAGUUGCAGCAAAAGAGAUCUCUAUUAGAAAUGCUUAUAAAAAAUUACGUGAUGCACAUACACAAUUUUCUCCUUCUUGCUAUAAUUUCUUUUUAUUCGAACAAAAUUUACAUUUAUAUUCCGUACUUGAUAAGCAAGGAAAUCAGGUUUUUGACGAUUUAGUUGAUCCUACAAACAUUGAUUGUGAAGUGACUUUUAUCGAUUCUGUACCUGCUUUUGAUGCAAUCAAAAACUUUGCCAAUAAUCACAGCUUUAUAUCACGUGAUCUCGGUGUUCGGUUUAAUAAUGUGUUAACUUCUAUAUCUCUAGCUAAUGAUGCUCCAUGGAUUUUGGGAAGUGAAUUUACUGUCCGAGGGAAUGGCGGUCCUUUGCCAAUUAAAGAUCUCCAAGACCCAAAAAGAUCCCAAAUUGUUCCAUAUGUUUUUCAUCCUAAAGCAAGAGAAUUAUUAUCAAAAAAAUCUAAACCUUCUAAGCCUGUUAAAUUAAGUAAAGCUAUCAAAGUGGAUGGCGAUAAUCACACCCAAUUUUAUAAAUCUACUGAUUCUGAUUUUGGCGUUGUAGUCCUAAUUGACGAAAACAUCACUGAUAAAAAAGGGGAAGUUGAUUUUAGUAAAACAUUAGCCGGAUUUAAAAAAUUGGCUAAUGAGCCCUCAAUCAAAAAG